UUAGGCUGCUUUAUAUCCUUUAGUUUUUGAAUUUAGUCUUUGAGGAAGUUGAAAUGUAUCAGAAUAGGUUGAAGCGGUUGGAAUUCGAGAGGAUAUACAAUGAGAGACUGAAGAGAAGCAUUUCCAAACCAAUUUUAUCGAGUGCUAUUUCAAUGAGUGAUGCAUUGCAAAGCCCCAGAUCAAGUGAGAGCCGACUCUCGAGGUCAUUCGACAUGUACACGAAAAAAAUAGGUGAUGGCUUUCCAAUUAACGAGGAAAAAUAUCCGGAACUGACGAUUCAAAUGUUCUUCGAGUUCAUGAGGACCGCUUAUCAAGUGAAUGACAGUUUCGAUGAGUUAUCAACGAUUUUGUCGACAAAUUCGGAGUUAAACUGGACAGAACUUGCAAAAAUUGACUUGAAUAUUCGCUCUCCCAAUGAGAAGAACGUCGGCACCGAGGACUUGAUCCUGGACACAAGCCAGAAGCCUCCGGAGGAGAACCAAAUGAAUUCUAAUCCACAAUCUCAGGACGACUCGAAUAUUGAGAAAAACAAGAAAAGCGACCAGACCUCCAACAGCGGCAGUAGUGUAAAAUCUCCAGAGAGUGUGUCAUCAAUGAAAAAGAAUAAAACUCACAAGCACGAGGGUGACAACAGGGAGCAUCCCCUGGGAAAAUUGAUGAAGAAAAGUCUGAGUGAUGUCCUCCACGAGGGUUUGUUGGACUCAGUGCUACCGUAUAUGCUGCCGAAACCCACUGUUUCCCAACCAAUUAUCAAAAAACCUGUGGCAACAACUGAAGCCAAAAGAACAGCUUCUCUCACAGCUAAUCUCGAAAAAGUCGGCACUUCUUCAACGCACAAGGAGAAAGAAAAGGACAGGAGUAAAGUCCAUCGCAAAUCUCUCGAAACCGAAGUGGAAAUCCACGUGUGCGAUGAAGCAAAAAACGUGAAAAAGGACUUUAGAUGCCCCCAGAAGCUACUCAUCCAGAAGAUGUGUUACUUCGCUGACGUGACUGCAGGUCAGAAACUCGAGGAGAUGGACAUCUCAGUCCACUGUGACAUCGUCAUCUUCGACUGGUUGAUGCGAUGGGUUAAAAAAGAUAUCAUUAAAAAAUCAGAGUGGCCAGUUUUGGAGGCCAGUAAUGUCAUACCAAUCACAGUAUCAGCAUCCUUCCUCCAGAUGGAACCUCUCCUAGAGCAAUGUCUUGUUUUUUGCCACGAGAAUAUGUCUGAAGUGUUAAAAACAUCUACGAUUCUUACCUGCCUAAACGACAAUAUUUUCACUAGAUUAGCUGAUUUAUUUACGAAUAUGGAUGUGGAAAUUUUGAAAGACAAAAAAGAUAAGGUGCAGAGCAGACUCUUUUGUAAAUUAAUCAUGUCCCUGGCGGACCCAAUCCCGGACACCAGGAGGGGUCAUUACAGUUCUUUGUCAACUCUUUUCAAGUGUGGAAAAUGUGGGAAAAAUGUCAUUCGCUCGAUUUCGGACUGCGUCCCCUGUCUCCCCAGCUCCAUGAAGAUCGACAGCAAGGGAGACCUUCACAGCAAGCACACGAGGGAUUUCAACUGGACAUUGAACGACUACAUCGUGGGUCUUCGGUCAGAGCUCAGGACCUGGAGGAAAGUCUACUGGAGACUGUGGGGUGACUGCCAUUUUUUAAAUUGUCGACAGUGCAACACAUUUUUUCCGAUUAAUCAGAUGGACUGGUGCAGCUAUCAUCCGGAUAAUCCCCAGUUCUUCGCCAACGAGCAGCAGAGGGCUGCCUCCUUUCCUCUGGGGAGGUAUCCCUGCUGCAGUCAAAGGGCUUAUCGAUUCGAAGCCCUACCUAACUGGGAUGGCUGUCGAUUCAAGGAACACAUACCUUCAAUUUCAGUGGACAACGAUGGCCACGUGUUGAAUAUCUUCACAAUGUACAGGGAUGCGAUAUCCCAGGAUCCACCCCAGAGGUUCUUCCCUGAGAAGAUUACGAGGCUGGUUGCCAGGGAUCCAUCGAUUCCCUCUGGCAAAUUGCUGUGCAAGGAGCCCAUGUGGUGGGAUGGCAUUGAAUUGGCGCCAUCCAGACCCAAGUUGGGACUUCUGGGGAAGGUCUGGGGGGGCCCUGGAGUUAGGAAGCCUUGUCAGGUGGAGGGUAGGCACAGAAAAUCCAAGCAGUCGUCUCAGGUCGAAAUCUCGUCGCCCCCUUCAUCUGGGAGUGAGAGCGAUGAGGAUGAGACUGGCACUGCAUGUGGGGAUAGCAGCCUUGAAGAUGUCUCGGGAAAUAGUGAUGAGUCUAGUGCAUGCCCCAUUUACAAGUCUGCCAGGAGAAUCAAACGGAAAUAUCAUUCUGUCAAGAGUCCCACAAGCAUCACACAUGCCACAAUCAACCACUGGGGGGUACAUAUACGAAGCUGGAAGCUGAGUUUCGCGAGCAAUCAACGCAGGCAUAUAAAAAUAAAAAUUCAACGAACAGCAAAGCGCCUGGACGUUCUCGUUCAUCAAAGGCUUGAGUAAAGUAAAAAGCUAUCUAGUCACUUGGUGAGAUUAAUUAAUACAAAUCAACUUUGGCUUCGUGGAUUUUACAUAAAAAUAAGUCCUUAUUCAC